CACGCUCUUACAACUUACCGCGCGUGCCCCCGGCGCAAAUACGGUGCACAGCCCAACCUGGCCAACCUUUGGUGUCCCUUGUGGCCCUUGGGGGGCAUUCGGGAAAGUGGACGGGCGACAGCUCCAUCUCGAGGCCUGCCGCAUCUUCUAGCACCCGUCUGGGUAUUUCGUCCUACGGAGUAGAACAACCAAACUAUCGGGGCACCUUGCGGCUCUCUCUCCAGCUUCUUUUCAAGUAGAUGGCUACGUUUCUUCUUUUCCCCUAAACAUCCUCCUCCUCCUCCUCAUUUCCCUUCUUUCUCGUCUUUCCCACCCUCCAGCGUUCUCCCCCGGCCCCGCCGUGUACACACCCGGCGACGCAGUAUACACGCCAAGGAACAUGUCUCGCCCGCGAUAGUCAUCCGCCUACACGUUUCGUCGCAUCUGACACCGAACCCCACGUCGUGAUCCUGUCUCCCGCCUCCCCGAACCUUACGCUUGCUGUGCUCAAGGUUGUCUGCAGCCUUGGAAGUUGGAACGCCUACCAAGUCCAUUAGGUUCACGUGCUAAAUCUUCAGCUUGCUUCAAUCUAAAACCACACAGCUUGCUUGUCAGGACAGCCUUCCCUUCAAGGCUUCCGCAGCUACCCCUGAUCAUCGUUUUUCCAAAGCCUAUAGUCUAGACUACUUGACUGCGUCGAAUGCUAUCCCAUCUUCCUGAAAGCUGCAAGCUUCCGCUCUUUUGCCAACUAACAGCAACCUUGCCUGGACUGCCGCCAAAAGUUGCUGGUUGAGUCGAAACAUCCAAGAUUUGAAACAAACUCCAGAACUCAAACGGUUCGAGCCGUCUUCACACACACCUCUACUGCGUAGUCAGCCCAAUUAUGGCGGAAUUACCAGACGACAACGCGCCUUCGGGCCCUCCCUCGCCGAUGAGUACGCGACGACCGAGAUUCGACUCUCGGAGAAGCUCGGUCGGAGGAGAGCCGGAUGAGCGCUCUCCUCUACUUCUGGGUGGCGCAAGAUCAAGAAGGCGUCUUCAACAAUCCGGUCCGGAGAGCCCAAAGUAUCUAACUCCGGGCCUGUCGAGAAAUCAUAGCACUGCCGGUAGCAUCAGAAGUCUACACCACAGUCGCAACCCGUCCUUGGGCCAACGCCUCUCACAUGCCUUCUCCGACUUUCCCGAUCCGAUGAGCGAGUCGAAACGAUCAAUACAACCCAACGAGCGCGUAUGGUACGAUCAGUUUACAUCCACCGACUGGGUCCAUGAUAAUAUCAUCGAUGCCCACCGAGUCAAGGCUCUGAAGAUGCGCAAGGACUUUCGGGGAAGGUUAUAUGCCAUCUUCGACGCCUCACAAGGAUGGAUUCUCAGUGCGCUUUGCGGUUUCAUCGUCGCGCUCGUUGCCUACGUGGUCAACUUAUCGGAAGCGACUGUCUUCGAUUACAAGUACGGAUAUUGUGCGCGGGGCUGGUACAUUAGCGAGAGAAACUGCUGUCCGAAGCAAGGCCCUUGCGAAGAUUGGCGCACCUGGUCCGAGGUUCUGAGGUUUUGGCCAUUUGGAGAUGUAGGCACCGAAUUCACCAUCUACUUAGUUGGAUGCGUUGUCUUGGCAGGCAUCGCCUGUGCCAUGACGUUAACCACAAAGACUGUGGUACCCUCGGCAUAUCGCAUGACGACGUUCGACGAAAACCUUGCGGCAGAGCUUGCGCCGUACGCAGACGAACCCACCAGCGACGAAAGCCCGACUCCUCCAGAAGUCGUUGAGGCGAUUGAGGCCGCUGUACCGCCCCCAAUGGUGUACUACUCCGCUGCCGGAAGUGGAGUGGCCGAAGUGCGUGUUAUUCUCAGUGGUUUCGUCUUGCACGGUUUCCUUGGUGUGAAAACCUUGGUUAUCAAGUCUGCCGCGCUCAUUCUCAGUGUGGCGUCUGGCCUCAGUCUCGGUAAAGAAGGCCCUUACGUGCAUAUUGCUACCUGCAUUGGCAACAUUGCUUGCCGUCUCUUCACGAAAUAUGACAAGAACGAUGCCAAGAGGCGCGAGGUGCUGUCUGCAGCUGCAGCCGCGGGUGUGGCCGUCGCUUUUGGCGCUCCUCUAGGAGGUGUUCUCUUCGGUCUCGAGGAAGUCUCGUACUUCUUCCCAGCCAAGACGCUCUUCCGCACCUUUUUCUGCUGCAUUGUGGCUGCACUGUCGCUCAAGUUCCUUAACCCCUACGGCACACAUAAGAUUGUAAUGUUCCAAGUCAAGUAUGUGGCAGAUUGGCACUACUUUGAGAUCGUCUUUUACAUCGUCAUCGGCAUCCUCGGUGGUGCUGCCGGUGCUCUUUUCAUCAAGGCUUCCAAGCACUGGGCCAAAUCAUUCAGAAGAAUCACUUUCAUUAAGACGUAUCCGAUGCUCGAGGUACUUCUGGUUGCUGUUGUUACCGGUAUCAUGAGUUAUUGGAACGUCCACACAAAGCAGCCCGUUGCCAAACUGAUGCUUAAUCUUGCGGCCCCAUGUCACGACGGCUCCGAUCGCGAAGACUAUGGCCUCUGUCCGACCGCUAUGAACGAAAUCCCGCCUGUGCUCCUCAGCCUCUUCACUGCAUUCCUUAUCAAGGGUUUCUUGACGAUCAUCACGUUUGGCAUUAAAGUUCCCGCUGGUAUCUACGUUCCGUCCAUGGUGGUCGGUGGCCUCAUGGGCAGACUUGUCGGCCAUGUGGUGCAGUACAUGGUUCUGCUUUGGCCCGACUUUGGGUUAUGGGGGGCAUGUGCCACGAAGGAGGCGGGAUCCUGCAUUCAGCCGGGAGUGUACGGUCUCAUUGCCGCUGGAUCAACCAUGUGCGGUGUAACCCGCCUCUCCGUCACACUUGCAGUCAUUCUCUUCGAGCUUACCGGCAGCUUGGAUUAUGUUCUGCCAUUCUCUCUCGCCAUCCUUGUGGCCAAGUGGACUGCGGACGCCAUUGAGCCAAACAGCAUCUACGAUCUUCUCACAAGCAUGAACUCGUACCCGUUCUUGGACAACAAGCACAAGCCCAUUUUCACUUCGGAUCUUGCCGACAUCGUUCCUCGUGUCCGACGUGAACGCGUCAUUGAUAUCAGUGCCUCUCCAGUGGUGUCUGCAGUCAGCCUUCGCAGCAAGUUGCAGACACUCCACAGAGCUGGAGAAAUUGAUGGAGGUCUGCCCAUUAUCCGGGAUGGAAUUCUUGUUGGCCUGAUCCCUGCUCCGGACUUGGAAUUUGCUCUCGAUAACUUGGAUGACGAGGCAUCAAGCAUGUGCUUGAUGGCCCAAGUUGCAACCAUUGAGGACUCUGAUGAUGAUGACGGGGAGACGGACAAGACUGAUUUUACCCCAUACAUCGACCCUGCACCUGUGGCUUUGGACAUGCGGUCCCCCAUGGAUCUUGUUUACGAAUGUUUCGUCAAGCUCGGUCUGCGCUUCGUGUGUGUGCUGAAGAAUGGACGUUACGCAGGAAUGGUACAUAAGAAGAGCUUCGUGAGAUACAUGCGGGACCUUGAGGAGAAGGAGGGCCAUUGAUUCAGUGCCCAUUUCUGGAGCAACAAACCAGAAGUUGGGCUCAAAUCACCUUUGCAUCAUGUUUUUGCACUUUGCCAGCAUUUUCACCUCCGACAUGUUUGGAUACAUUGUCAGAGACGGAGGAAGUCUAUUUUAGUUUUUGCAUACCGCCCACGUUUCGAUACUUGCGGCUUAGCGUAUCUGGGCAUGGCGUUCACACAAUAUUUCUCUUUAAGAUACUGUCUCCUAGAGCAUUUCUGGAUGGUCGACUGUGCUCGAACCUGGAUGUAUAGCAUUUUCUCUUUGGCUGGGAAAGAAGGACAGAAUACUUGGGGAUAGGCUAGAUUGAUUAUUUUGCACAUAAAGAGUGUCGUCGCAAAGAAUGCACGAAGGUAAUUAAAGCGGAC